AUGUUCACUCUCAAAGCCUUUGAAAAUUGGGUGGUUGGGCGAAAAGACUACAAAGGAGACAUCAUCACGGAGCAACGCGUCAACGCUGCUCACAGAAAGCUCAUUGAAUUACAUCCCAAAGAGAACUCCAUGAUUACUCGUAAGAUGAUGAUGGGUUUUUUCAACUUGAUGCCAUUAGAGUUCGAAAAGAAGUAUUUUCCGGUCAUAUAUGCAGCAAGCAUGUUAAUAGAAAGUCUGGAAAAUGAUCCAAAGUACAUAAUCAAGAAAGUGCGCAACACUACACACCUCGAUACUGAACUAUGCGAAUACAAACAAAUUUGUCUUCACAAGAAUAUUGAUGAUCUUGCCCUGGCUCUAUUCAAAAGAAACAGACUUUCAGCCGAAACAUACGCCAAGUUUUGCCUAGAAUUCUUCGACACCUCCGUAGACAAAUCGGCUGCUCCUGUCAAGCAAGUCACCGCGCCAAAGCAAAAUCCUCAAGUCAUUCUAUCUACCCCGACUUCACCUCCGCCUGCAUACGCACAUGAAUUGCAUGUCACUCCUACAAUAGUUCCCGUCGCCGCCAUACCUGCUGCUGAACCCAGCUUCAUAGCCGAAUUAGAAGCUGCUCCUGUAAAAGCGAAGCCUGUCUUCUUACCUCCUCCUACCAAAUCUACCACCUCAAUAGAGGCUUCAGGAGGUGAUACGAGAUUCGAUGCCGAGCUCCUGGAAUACAAACAAGUUUCUCUUAAGACAAGAGGUGAUCUGGCUUAUGCUCUGUAUCUACACGGUCGAUUUUCCGAAGAAGAGUAUACGAUAUUUUGUGCCGAGUAUCGGGAGGGUGAUAUUCCGAGAUAG